AUGAUCCCCAAGCCGGGAAAGAGAAAUCUGUCGUGCCCCAGGGCUUGGCGCCCUAUUUCUCUGCUCUCAUGUCUUGGGAAGGGCCUCGAGCGGCUGAUCGCCCGCCGCCUAGCGUGGGCAUCGAUUCAUUAUGCAGUCCUCCACCCACAGCAAGCCGGUGCGCUCCCGAAACGGUCGGCCGUCGACUUGGUAGCUGCACUGAUCCACGAUAUCGAAGAAGCAUUUGCACGCGGAGAGGUGGCCACACUGGUGACUGCAGACAUUCAAGGAGCCUUUGACACAGCCAUGUGCAACAGGCUUGUCCUCAGGCUCCGUGAGCAAGGCUGGCAGGACAAUCUUGCGCGGUGGGCAGGCUCGUUCAUGAGCGGCCGCUCCGCCAGAGUCAGAUACCAAGACAUCACGACACCGACGACGCCAUUGCAGUGCGGCCUUCCACAGGGAUCGCCCGUGUCUCCGAUCUUGUUUUUGCUCUACACGGAACCGAUCUAUCGGCUAGGCAAUCCCGAAGGACGGUUCGGGUACGCGGAUGACACCGCCAUUCUCUGCACUGGACCAUCGCUGGAAGAAACAUCGCGAACAGCGUCGGAAUAUCUCCAAGAACUCGUGAACUGGGGCGCCGCCAACGGCAUUUCAUUCGACCCGAAGAAGACAGAAGUCAUGCACUUCUCACCAAGGAGGCGGGAAACCGAGCCGCCUGUCCGCCAUGGUGACGUGGAGAAGCAACCUGAGGCAGCCAUGCGCUGGCUAGGCCUCUGGCUGGACAGGAAGUUGACAUUCAAGACACAUGUCGAGACGUGGACAGCCAAGGCCCAGGCGGUCUCCCACCACCUCCGGAGCCUAGGGAACACGCGGCGCGGCGCCCUGCCGAGCGCUGUGCAGAGGGCUGUCAGAGCCUGUGUCGAGCCGAUUCUGCUCUUCGGUGUGGAAGCGUGGUACCCAGACCACGCACACCCUCUGGCCAAACGCACCACCGAGGCAGCGCCACGGCCCAUCAUCAAGUGUAUCAAGCUCAAGUACCAGCUCCCGCCAAAGUCAUUUCCAACCCGAUUGAGGAGGACGAACAGAUUGCUUGGGAAUUGCCAACGCCCCGUACUCAUCCCGCGCAAAUACAGCCACGAACCACAGCAGCCUCUCCAAACUGCAUCCAAAGAAGAGUCCGCCAAAGACUUCGACCGAUGGCUUCAAACCAUCCCGCCGCUUAGUCUUAUCGUGUACUCUGACGGCUCACUGUCCUCCAGCGGUGCUGCCGGAUACGGCUAUGUUGUUCACCAAAGCGGACGCUCUGUCUGCCAAGGCGCAGGACGCCUCGGCCCUGCCGAGGUGUUCGACGCUGAGGCUAAAGGAGCGCUGGAGGGCCUCAAAGCCGCUCUUAGGCUUACCCAGUCUGCCACACAACGAAUAGUGGUAUGCCUCGACAACAUCGCAGCUGCCAAAUGCCUACGAGGCAAGCCAUCAGACUCAUCACAGAGGGUCUUCCUGACCUUUCAGGCCCUAGCAAAGACGCACCGAAAGACCGAAGUCCGCUGGAUACCCGGACACACGAAGAUUCCAGGAAAUGAACAAGCCGACAUCCUUGCGAAGACAGGAUGCGCCGAACCCGAACCCGCAGACGCAGUCCCAACACUGGCCUUCUUGCGAAAGACCGCCAGACAGCGGUCCAAAAUCGCAGUGCAAGCCUGGUGGGAUGCUUCCGCACCCGAUAAGUAUCAGAGUCUGACCCUCAAGUUCCCUUAUAGCUGUCCUCCGGAGUUAGCUCUCCCACGAACAAUGCUUAACCACCUCCUAGCCGCGAGGACUCAUCACGGUGACUUUGCUGACUAUCACGAAAGAUUCCAGCACAACGACGCUUGUGUUACAUGUUCUUGCGGUCGGCGCAAGGCGCCGACACAUCUCUUCUAUUGCCGGAAGAUUCAGCCGCGCUGUCGGAUGAGACUCGCACCCUCACCGACCGUGGCGAUCAACCAAGCACUAGGCAGAGAUUUCGACAAGUUCGUCAAGCUGACAGACCUCGAGAAUCAUGCCGAACCCGAGUCCCAAGCGCAAGCGGUUCUGCCACUGCAUAGGACGUCGCAGACCUCGUGGACAACAUUUGAGCACGCGGUAGUCCCAUUUCAGCAACCCCAACCAUGUCCAUCCCAUCGUGAGGUGGACGCCUCAUCGCACCAUAACCUUGAUAACCCAUGGCAACACUUCGAUCUUGAUACUGGACACAACCUGCCAAGGCACACUUCUUUAACCAGUUCCCCUCUGACGUCCCGUGCUGAAGUCGCCUCGUCAAGCCACUCAUCAACCCGCUUGUUUCUGACCGGCUCGCCAGCCGUAGCUUCAACUAUUUCCGAGCCUUCAGCCUCAGUGGCGCUCUCCCAAUCAUUCCUUCCAAACCAUCCUGAUAUUACGAUUCGAGCUUCCUUGCAAGCUAUCUUUGCACAAGAAACUGGCGGCAGUCGCGAUUUUCUCGACGCACAACAGAAAGUGGACGACGGGGUCUUCCGAACCUUCUUUGACAUCCAUUGUCGCUGCUCCUCCGAGACUCCACGUGAUGAACCUGAAAACUCCCAUACACUGCGGGAGAGAGUCCAAUACCUACAACGAUAUCUCCCUCCAAUCUCGACCGUAUUCGGUCCUUGUGGCUCAUAUGACCCAAGCGCUUCUUUCCCUCAAUGGCAAAGUUUCCUCUCUGACCAACCUGCUGAGCCGCUUUCCUUCAGUAAAACGCAAGACUCCUUGCCAGAAUCCGUGAUAACGAUUGAAAGGCUAUGGGAUAUCGACAGUGUUUGGUUUGGCGCUAAGAGCUUGCAGGCGAUUCGACCUCCAAACGACUUCCGUCUAUGUUUUUUGCCUCCGUUUCAACGCAACAUUUCGACGGAUCAAGUCAUUCAACCACAUGGACUCAGCUUGGCCGGCAUCCGGCCCAUACUGCUAGGUGUCUUUAAUGUUUGCAGUGUUCGAUUUGAAGUCUUUGUUUACUUUCCUGGGACAGCCCGCAGCCCUCGUUCAAAGACUCAAGCCUCAAGAAAUGGCCUCUCCCUUGAACGACAGAAAGAUUUCUACGAUAAGAUUAUUAUACCAGCGGCGUAUGAGACUAUCUCUGAUCCCGCCCGACAAGAGAUUCCUCGAUCUUAUGACAUUGUCUACGCAAAAUCCCGUGCAUUCCAAGAGAAGCCCGGUACCGGCCGUUGGCUGCCGGAAGAUGAGAGCCGUGCCUUUCAGCUCCGGUAUACACUUCCUGCUCAAGGUCUCCCUCCCUUCUGGAAAUCUGUUGUUGAGAAGGCAAACGCUGUUGAGGUGGCCACUCAACGUGGUGAGAACAUACGAUAUUUCCACAAUCCGCAGUUGCUCUUUCAAGCACACGACCUGAAGAACACAAUUACAAAGCCGAGCUUGAAAGACACUCUGACACUUUUCCGGGAUACAAUUCUCGCUGCCUUCGACCCAGAUCAUCUCGAUCUUCACUCCUGUUGGCUCGAUAUUGGAGCUCGUGACUAUGUAUCGACUUCGUCACCCUCCACCCUCGCCGGGCCGGGCUCGUACACACUCCUUUGGAAGAGCCAUUGCCUCGCUGACCUCGACAAGCAGUUGCCGUUGCUCUCGGCUGAGAGCCCGAUGGCUUCUUCUCACUUUCGCUCAUUUUUACUGCGGGAUGUAGGCACCUACGUUUCCAAGGCAAAAUCGACGCGAGGCUUCAACCCUGGCCACCCAGAAGGCUGCAACCGCUUAAACGCAUACAACAAGGAUUGA